AUGGUCCCGCGGCCAGCGCCAUGGGUCCAAGGUCGCAAGUUUGGGAUCGUCAUCGAUGCCGGCUCGUCUGGAUCCCGAGUGCAGGUCUACAGUUGGAUCGACCCAACCAUCGCCAAGCAACAGCGUAAAGCCGAGAGAAAGACGCUCGAGGUGCUCAACAAGGUUGACAAGGGGGUUGAAAGUGGAGAUGGGUGGCAUAUCAAGGUCGAACCAGGUACGUGCUGGUCGAUUCUGAGCAGCAAAUCUCGCCUCGGCGCUGACUCGACUUCGAACCCACACACACAUCGGCAAUAGGCAUCUCUACCUUUGGGGAAACGCCAGGUCAAGUCGGUGAUUACCUCAAACCUCUGAUCGAGUUCGCUAAGACACUUGUCCCGGCAAGCCAACUCGAUUCGACGCCGAUCUACCUCCUCGCCACGGCGGGCAUGCGAUUGCUGCCUCGCGACCAGCAACGCGCCGUGCUCGACUCGACAUGCGCCUAUCUUCAAACAUAUCCUUUCAAGGUUGACGAAUGCGACCAACAGGUUCGGAUCAUUACAGGAGAGGAGGAAGGUUUGUACGGAUGGGUCGCCGUCAAUUAUCUCAUGGAUGGUUUCGACACCCAUGAUCACGCGGCGAAGUUGGGCCACAAACACUCUUCGACGUACGGCUUCCUCGACAUGGGUGGUGCAUCGACACAAAUCGCUUUCGAGCCGGCUGAAAAGGAACAAAUCGCCCAUCGCGAUAAUCUGCUCGAUGUCAAUCUCAUGCUCCUCAGUGGCCGGACAGUGUCCCAUCCCGUCUUCGUCACGACAUGGCUCGGCUUCGGAACGAAUCAAGCGAGAAACAGAUACAUCGAUGCUACGAUCAAGAGCCACAUUCGGAUAGCGGACAAGAACGACGAACCUCAUCCGAGCAAAGCUCUCGACGCCGAAGGGUUGGGGUCGGAGCGACCUAUCGUCAUUGUCGAGGACCCAUGCUUGCCCAAAAACCUCUUGCUUCGGGAAACACGGCAUUCUGGCUAUACGCUCAAAGGGACGGGCGAUUUCGCCGCUUGUGUGCGGCAGACGGGCCCGUUGUUGAACAAGGAGGUCGAAUGCCUCGACCAGCCGUGCCUUUUCAACGGCGUGCACGUGCCACCGAUCGAUUUCUCGGUCAAUCACUUUAUCGGCAUCUCGGAAUAUUUCUACUCGACCCAUGACGUGUGGGCGCUCGGAGGGAUGUACGACUACGUCGAAUUUGAGAAGAACGCGAUCGAGUACUGCGCGCGGGAGUGGGAUGAGAUCAUGGCCGACCACAAAUCGGGCAAGAAGUGGAAGCAAGGGGUGCAGUUGACGCGGUUGGAGACGCAGUGCUUCAAGGCCGCUUGGGUCGUCAACAUCCUUCAUGAAGGGAUUGGGAUACCGCGGAUCAUCGAUCAAGGUGGUGAGGGGGAUGGCAAGAACAUGACGGACAAGGUCAUCAGCAAGACCAUCGACAAGGGGCUCGCAUCCCAGCCUUCGUUCCAAAGUCUCAACGCCGUCGGCGACGUCGCCGUCAGCUGGACAUUAGGCAAGAUGGUGCUCGAAGUCGCGCGCGGAUCGACUCAAGCACCGACGAUCAACCCUAAACGACCUCACUCCCUCGACUGGGCCAAACCGCGGAUACCGUCGUGGGCUAAUGGGGACGUCAGGUCGACGCUGGCGGGGAUCAAGGAGGACCCUCUUCCUCUCGUCGGGGCCUCGCUCAUCUUGUUCGCAUUGUGGUUCGUGCUCUGUUCGAAGUGCGGUAUUCGCAAGCGUGUGCCUCUCGUCGGGGUGUGUUUUUCGUCGAAGCGAAGAAACGACUUCAAUGCCGUGCCAAGCGACGAUCCUGGCUUCAACAGUGGAGACUCUGGGAGCGGCUCAAGUCGGUCACCACCGCGCGGAUCCCAAUCGCGACGCACGAAAUCCAACUCGUUCGCCCAAAAAACGUGGUUUCCUUUCCGCUACCCGCUUUUGCGAGCUUCCUCCGCAGUACAAUCGCUGUUCCGCUUAUCUCGGAACGGUACAGGGUCGUUGCUCCCGACUUUGCGCAGCGGCAAUGGGAAUGGAAACGGCAACAUUCACGAGAUGCGACCUCGUCCUCCUCGGUCCAACAAGCCGGCGCCCUUCAUGCGAGCCGGCACGGCGUCGAAUGGCACUCCGCAAACCCAGGCGGGCUGGAACGACGUCCCCGAGCGCAAAAACUCGACCCCCGUUGGCGCCUCCUCGCACGCUCUCUUACCCCCCCUGGUUCGAUCAGGAUCAGGAAGCGUCCUAACCUCGCGUCAGCUGUCGGCCUCGCCACCCCCUUUGACAAUCGUCAUCCCCGCCUCUCCACUUGCGACCCCGGCACCGGAAACACCGCCAAACGGGGUGUUUCCCAAUUCGCGACCGACAACACCUUCUUCGCAUCGUACCAGCAACGGUCUGUCCAAGCUCACGGCGCGCUCCAACACCUAUACUCGCGAACGAGGCACCUCGGACGAUUUCUCCACUCUCGUCGGCAAUGGCGUCCUGACGCCUUCGGCCAUUUCUCCAUCGCGCAACCGGUACUUUGCGAUCUCUGAUAACCCUUACGGAGCGACUUCGACGCCUCCCUGCGGAGCAGCUCUGCUAUCUUCAACGACUUCGAACCAAUCGAUGGGACCGAGCAAUUUGGCGAACGCGGUAUGGGAAUCGCUCGGCAGUGGUAGGAUACCGUCUUCGAGUACAGCAGAAGAAGUCCCCGGCACGAACAACUACGUCGGCGCAGGAGCUAGCAGUUGGAACGCUUCUGUUGGCGGAGGUAUGGCUAAGUUGAGGGCGAGCAAGAGUCAGAACGGGAGUCAGGUCAACCUGAAUGCGUUGGCGAGUAGUUCGAACGCUCAAGGGACUGGUCGAUGA